AUGAAGCUGUGGGUGGAGAAUCGCCUUAUCGUCUCUGAAGCUUCUCAGCCAAGGGCCAUGGAUAACCAGACACUUGUGACAGAGUUCAUCCUGCAGGGCUUUUCUGAACACCCUGAAUACAAGCUGCUCUUAUUCAGCUGUUUCCUCUCUCUCUACUCUGUGGCCCUUGCAGGUAAUGCCCUUAUCAUUUUGGCUGUCACCUGCAACUCUGGGCUCCACACCCCCAUGUACUUUUUCCUGUUCAAUUUGGCUACUAUGGACAUCAUCUGUACCUCCGCUAUUAUGCCCAAGGCCCUAGAGGGUCUGGUGUCGGAGAGGAACCCCAUCUCCUAUGGGGGCUGCAUGGCUCAGCUCUAUUUCCUUACCUGGGCUGCAUCCUCAGAGCUGCUCCUCCUCACGGUCAUGGCCUAUGACCGGUAUGCCGCCAUCUGCCACCCCCUGCAUUACAGCACCAUCAUGAGCAGGACAUUCUGUAGCAUGCUGGCUGCUGGAGUGUGGAUUCUCUGUGCCUUCAACACAGCUAUUCACACAGGACUGAUGAUGCGCUUGAAUUUCUGUGGCCCUAAUGUCAUUAUACACUUCUUUUGUGAAGUGCCUCCUCUGCUCCUUCUCUCCUGUAGCUCCACUUAUGUCAACAGUGUCAUGAUUGUUUUGGCUGAUGCCUUUUAUGGUAUAUUGACCUUCCUGAUGACCAUUGUGUCAUACGGCUUCAUCAUUUUCAGCAUCCUGAAGAUGCGGCCCUCAGAGGGCAAGCAGAAAGCCUUCUCCACCUGCUCUUCCCACCUCACCGUGGUGUGCAUGUAUUACACUGCUGUCUUCUAUGCCUAUAUAAGUCCUGUCUCCAGCUACAGUGCAGAGAAAAGCAAGUUGGCCAGUGUGCUGUACACCAUGUUGAGCCCUACUCUCAACCCUCUGAUCUACACUUUGAGAAACAAGGAGGUCAAAACAGCCCUCAGAAAAUUCUUCCCCUUCCUCAGAAAUUAA